AUGUUAAAACAUAUUGUUCAUUCUUAUCAUGGAAAACUUCAUACAUUCGAUGAUUUUUAUCGUGAUAGUUCAAAUCCAAUAAAAACUCGUUCAUCAUCGAAUGAUUUAACAUCAACAAAUAGUUGUUCACCAUCAUCUCCAACAUCUCCAUGUUCACCAAAUAGCGCUCCAUAUACAUUUUAUAAUGUUUUUUCUGAUUUUAAAUAUUCAACAACACCAGAUGUCGUACCUGAAGAAGAUGAAACUGAAGAUGAUAAUGAAAUAAUUGAACAAGAAUCUAAUUCUACACCAGCUGUUUUUUAUCUUGAAGAUGAACACCAUAAUCAACCUCAAAUAUCAUCCUCAUCUUCUAAUCGGUCUUCAUCAAUUCUUAGUCGUUUUCGACAUUCAAAUAAUAAUAAUAACAAUAAUAAUAAUAAUAAUAAUAAUUAUCAUCAUGUUAUGGUUAAACAAAUUUCAGUUAAUGAAAAUCAAAUGUCUUUAACAAAAUCACGUAAAAAUGAUUUUAUUGAUUCAUCAAUAAAUAAACAUCGUUUUCUUAAACGUUCAGAAACAACAACACAUACAAAUGGUUUAAUAGAUAAAAAAUUAUCUGCUAAUGAUGAUUUUUCAGAAUUAUCAUUGUCACCAACAAAUGAUAUCGUUAAAAAACAUCGUUCAUUUGGUUCAUUAUUUAAUUAUUUUCAUCAUAAUCAUCAUCAAAAUUUAUCAACAAAAAAUUCUGAUAAAUCAAAUUUAACAGAUACAUUAAAUUUAGAUAAUCGUAAUUUAAAUAAUAAUGAUUUUUCACGUUCAAAAAUUAUUAAACAAAAAAUUUUGCCAUUAAAUAAUGAAGUAUAUAUACCGGUGAAUAAAUCUCCUUCAAAACCAAUUUUACCAAAACUUGCAUCUCUAUUUCAUCGUCCAUCAUCUGAACAGCAUAAAUAUCGUGUAGGAAAUAUAAAAGCACGUCUUCAUCAUCGAAGACAUUCACCACCAUUAACAAAUAAUGCACCUAAAUUUCAAUGUCAAGAUUCUAAUGAACUUAUACAAGAAAUAAAACGAUCAGAAGAUCAACAAUAUUAUGAUAAUGAUCAUAUUCCUUAUCAACGUCCUGUUAAACCAGUAGUUAUGAAACGUGUUCAUACAUGGCAUAAUACAUUCGAUUUACGACCAGUUGAUCAGUUUUUACAAGAAUAUCGAACGCCAAAACCAGUUAAAUCUGAAGAGAAAUCACCGAUAAAACAAAGAAGAAAGAAUAGAAAUAGUUUAAAAGAUUUUAUUUGUGAUUCAUCAUCUUCAUCUGAUGAAGAACAUCCAUUAGAAUUCUAUCCAAAAGUAAAUCGAUUAAUUGAUCAUGAUUUAUCAUGGAGAAAAAUUGAUGAUGAUCAUACAUCUGAUGACUCUAGUCAAUCAUCUUCAUCUUCAUCAGAAAAUGAUAGUCAAUUGACAACAAAGAAAAAAGAUCGACAAAUAUCUGUAAAUUUUCUUGAAUCACUUUCAAAAUACGUACCAAUAGAAGAUAAACAUGUUGAUGCUAAACAAUAUUUUACUCGAUCGGGAUUUAAAAUUAAAAGAAAACGAGAAGAAUUAGCACAAAAACUUUUUGUAAUAUUUGAUCAAGAUAUUUUUUCUUCUAAACUUUCGGACAAAGUAACAAUCGUUUGGAGUGGUCGUUUAACAUCAACAGCUGGUCAUUGUACUACUCGACGUUCUACACAAACAGCUAUAAUUACACUUUCAAACAAAGUUUGUAAUUCACCUGAACGUUGUCGUGAUACACUUUUACAUGAAAUGUGUCAUGCAGCUGUAUCAUUAAUUGAUGGUGUUAUGGAUGAAGGUCAUGGACCAUUAUGGCGUAAAUGGACACGUUGUGCUGAACGAUGUUAUCCUUAUUUACCAGCAAUUUCAGUUAAACAUACUUAUGAUAUUACUUAUAAAUUUGUUUAUAGAUGCAUUCAAUGUCAAUACGAAGUUUAUCGUCAUUCAAAAUCACUCAAUGUUGAAAUUGAUUUUUGUGGAAAGUGUAUGGGAAAAUUUCAAUUAUUAUUAAAUAACAAUCAAACAAAUGAAGUUCAAACACCAAAGAAAAUAUUAAAUCGAUAUAAUUUAUUUAUAAAAGAACAUUUUCGAACAAUGAAACAAGCUCAACCUCAUUUAUCAACACCACAAUUAAUGAAACAUUUAAGUCAAGAAUAUAAAAAGAAAAUGCAACAACAAAAUGAUAUUGAUUUACCUGAUUUAGAAAAAUUAAAAAUUUAA